CUUUUGUUGCUGCUGUCUUCCUGUGUCUUUCGCUGCCUAUCGCAUUCACAUAGCGCAGUUCCUGGUUACGAGCAUUGGCGACAUUACAUGGCUGCUGAUGCAGCGAUAGCUUAUUCUCUCCGUUUUAGAGAACGGCUGUCCGAGUUGAAACGGGGCAGCUAAUUAAUUAGCUACGUUGACAGCCAUCCAGCGUAAAUCAAGCGAAGCUGUGUCGAAAUACAAGUCCUUAUUACAAAACCUACUGUAGGGAGAUACGAUUUCUUCACCACCCAGCUGUCAUGGCUGAGCCGGAGUUGCUGUUGGACUCCAAUAUCCGUCUGUGGGUGGUGUUGCCAAUUGUUUUUAUCACCUUUCUCGUUGGGGUGAUCCGCCACUACGUUUCCAUUCUAUUACAAAGUGACAAGAAGCUCACGCUGGAGCAGGUGUCGGACAGUCAGGUACUUAUCAGGAGCAGGAUUUUGAGAGAAAAUGGAAAAUACAUUCCUAAACAGUCCUUCUUGAUGAGGAAAUUUUACUUCAAUAACCAGGAGGAUGGGUUCUUUAAAAAGACAAAAAGAAAGGUUGUUCCACCCUCACCAAUGACAGAUCCCAGCAUGCUGACAGACAUGAUGAAGGGAAAUGUAACCAAUGUGCUCCCCAUGAUACUCAUAGGAGGUUGGAUCAACUGGACGUUCUCAGGUUUUGUCACAACCAAGGUACCAUUUCCCCUCACUCUGCGCUUCAAGCCUAUGCUGCAGCAGGGAAUUGAGUUGCUGUCUCUUGAUGCCUCUUGGGUUAGCUCAGCGUCCUGGUACUUCCUGAAUGUGUUUGGCCUUCGCAGCAUGUAUUCUCUGAUUCUGGGACAAGACAAUGGUGCUGAUCAGUCCCGUAUCAUGCAGGAACAGAUGAGUGGGGCUGCCAUGGCCAUGCCCGCAGAUACCAACAAGGCUUUUAAGGCUGAAUGGGAAGCUCUGGAACUGACUGACCACCAGUGGGCACUAGAGAGUGUUGAGGAAGAAUUGAUGAGCAAGGAGUUGGACCUGGAUGGAAUGUUCAGCAGCGAGCUGCCCACUGGCAUCUUCUGAUUGGCUGUGUAUUACUAGCGCUGUGCUACUGGAUUCCGUUAUUGCUAGUUAGAGAGGACAUCUUAGGUGGAGCUGUUUGAAAGAAUGACCUGGUGAUGAUGAACCAUGCCAUGUUUGGGUGUUUUUGAUUAAGGGAUAUAAAAACUUAAAAGCUUAUUGCAAAGCAGACAUGCACUAUGUUUGAGCUUCUCUAAAAAUGAAUAUUAUCACUACACAGGAAGUCAUCCCCCCUUGACAAACCUUCAUAUAAAAAAAUGCAAAUAAUUCAUUUGAAGUUGUAUCUGGACAUAUUUGAACUGGGCAUAGUCUACACAGAUUAAUAAUAUGUAAGUACAUGUGCGGCAUUUCCUUGAAUUAACAAUAUGCAACUCAUCACCAAAGGAUACCGUCAACAAUGGAAAGCCAUUUUCAAACAGCUCCUAGUGUAAUAUCACUGUACAGGGCUUUCAUGGAAAAUUACAGCCUCUUUUAUCAAACUCCUUUGCUUUUGAUGGUGCAUCCUUUUAUGGUCUUCAGUGUUCUGUCUAGUUUCUUCUGUCCAUUCCCUUUUCGGUUGUUUGAAUUCUUGAGUUGAGAACAUUGCUGGCAGUUUUCCAGUCAUGAAACACUUCAAUACCUUGUGUAUGUGCUGAAGUCAGUGAUGGUUUGUUUUCUUUUUAUUAUUUAAAUCCCAAUCCGUUUUGUAACAUUCUCCUCUGUUUUGUAAAGAGACUGUUUUGACAA